AUGGCAACCCACACGCGCACCCGCUCCGGCACAAUCUCCGGCCCGCACUCCCUAACCCUCAAAGUCCUCCGCCUCUCCCGCCCCUCCCUCGCAACGCAAACGCCGCUCCCACAAUCCUCAAUCCCACCUACCGCCUCCCUCGCCCACCCCUCGGGCGACACAACCUCCUCAUUCCCCUUGACGCCGCUUUUGACACUGCCUGCGGCUUUCGGCGCCGCGUACGUCGGGGAGACGUUCACGUGCACGCUGUGCGCGAAUAAUGAGUUGUUGGAGGGCGAUAGGAAGGGCGUGAGUGGGGUGAAGAUUACGGCGGAGUUGCAGACCCCCAGUCAGCAGGAGGGGGUAUCGUUGCAGCUUUCUGGUGGUGGUGAUGGGGAUGAGGAGGAUGGAGGGGAUAUGAUGGCGCCCGGCGCGACGUUGCAGAGGACUUUACGGCAUGAGCUGAAGGAUGAGGGACCGCAUGUGCUGGCGGUGACGGUGACGUAUACGGAGACGUUGCAUGGGCGGGAAGGGCCGGCGAGUGGAGGACGGGUGAGGACGUUUAGGAAGUUGUAUCAGUUUGUCGCGCAGCAGUUGCUUGCGGUGAGGUCCAAGGUGACGGAGCGGAAGAGGCAGGGGAAGGAGGGGAGGCAGUGGAUUUUGGAGGCGCAGUUGGAGAAUGUUGGGGAGGCGUCGGUGGUGUUGGAGAGGGUGGUGUUGAAGGAGAGGGAGGGGGUGAGUAGUCGGGCGGUGAAUGGAGAUGAUGGGAAGGAGGCUACGGUCCUGAAGCCUUCUGAUGUCGAACAAGUUAUGUUCUUGCUGGAGGAGAAGACGGAGCCUGAGGACUUGACCAGUAGAGUGCCGCUGGGGCAGCUCAACAUUGACUGGAGAAGUGCAAUGGGGGAGCAAGGCAGUUUGACGACUGGAUGGUUGGCAAGUCGAGGGCGAUGA